GUAAUGAAAAUUAUAUUCCGAAUUUAUUGUUGUACGGGUCACAAUUUAUUUAAUUAAAAUUUGACAUCUGAAAUGUGCAACAUGCAUAUUUAUUGGGGAUUUGUUUCUAUAUAGCCAGAUUACGGGAGCCUCAUAAUCACAUUGUCUUAUCUGAGGCAUCAAAAGAAAACUUGCAAAAAUUAGAUACUUAGGCCUUUUUUGAUGUUAAGUAUCUAGUUAGUAGUUAUUUUCUAAAGCGUGACUUUUAGUGUGCGUUUUUUUUGAAGAUUAAUUCAAAAUGGCUACUAGAAACGAAGAGAUUGUAAUUUCCGGUAUAGCAGGAAGGUAUCCAGAAUGUGACAGCUUUGACGAAUUCAAAGAAGCUCUUUUUAGUGGAAAAGAUCUCAUAACUGAGGAUAGCAGACGCUUUAAACCAGGAAGUCUAGGUACACCUAAAAGACUAGGCAAAAUUAACAAUGUAGAAAAAUUUGACGCCUCAUUUUUUGGAUGCGGUGCUAAAGUGGCAAAUUAUAUCGAUCCUAGACAUAGGAUUAUGUUUGAAACUGUGUUCGAGACUAUUGUAGAUUCUGGAUACAAUCCGAAAGAACUUAGAGGUUCUAAUACUGGUGUUUAUGUUGGCAUUACGAAUUUGGAUGCGCAAGAAUACUAUGAAAAAGCCAAAGAAGCGAACGGAUAUGCCACGUUUGGCAGCAAUAUGUCCCAAAUAGCGAACAAAACAUCGUUUCAUUUUGAUUUUAAAGGUCCAAGUUACGUACUGGACACAGCCUGUUCGACCAGUCUCACGGCAAUCUCUAAUGCGGUGAAUGCGAUUGAAAAUGGUGAGAUUGAUGCAGCCAUUGUUUCAGCUGUGAGCAUUGUAUAUUGUCCGCAUCAAACCAAGGACUUUGUUAUAUUUAACGCUAUAUCUAUGGACGGAAAAUCAAAAGUAUUCGGAAAAGACAGAGAUGGUUACGUAAAAUCGGAAGCAAUUGUUACAGUGUUUUUGCAGAAGAAGUCUGCCUGUCGCCGAUUAUACGCAACAAUUUUGGGUGCUGGUAUAAACAGCGAUGGAUUUAAAAGCGAAGGAAUAACGCAUCCGUCCAUAGAAGGCCAGACGAGGUUAAUCAAAACAUUGUAUAACUUGAAAAAUUUGGACGCAAACGAAGUGAAUUAUGUGGAAUUGCAUGGAACCGGAACACCAGUAGGAGAUGCAGUAGAAUGUCAGACCACUGUUGAUUGUUUCUGCCAAAACAGAAAAAGUCCUUUAUUGAUUGGGAGUGUAAAAUCUAACAUGGGCCAUUCAGAAGUAUCAGCUGGAUUGUGUUCAAUUUCAAAGGUUUUGAUUGCAAUGGAGAGUGAAGCGAUACCUGCCAACAUUCACUGCGAAAAUUUGGAUUAUACCCUUCCAGGUUUGGAUAAUGGAAAGCUUAAGGUAGUUACUGAGAAAACACCGUGGAAUGGUGGAAUAGUAGCUUUAAACAAUUUUGGAAUUGGCGGAAGCAACGCUCACGCUGUUUUAAAAUCAAACACCAAGUUGAAGAGUCAGUAUGAUAAAUUUGAGCAUCGUCUCGUUCACGUAUCAGGACGUACUGAGGAGGGCGUAAAAUACUAUCUGGAUCAAGUUAACAAGAAUCAAAACGAUCAAGAGUUCUUAGCACUACUCGAUUCUAUUCACAGAUUGAAUGUAGAAGGACAUCUCUAUCGUGGAUAUGCUUUAUUAGGAGCUAAUGAUUUGUCAGAAAUCAGUAAAACUGACAGUAAAGGACGUUCAAUCUGGUUUAUAUACAGCGGAAUAGGUAGUCAAUGGACUGGAAUGGGUAAAGACUUGAUGAAACUUGAUGUUUUCCGAAAAACUUUUAAAAAAUGCGCCAAGGCAUUACUUCCGUAUAACGUAGACUUGGAAAAAGUUAUUCUUAGUGACGAUAAAUCCUUGAUGAAUAACAUAAUCAACUGUUUUUCGGCUAUAGCUGCUAUCGAGGUGGCUAUGACGGAUGUCUUGAAAUCUCUCGGAAUUGUACCGAAUAAUUUUGCCGGUCAUUCAGUUGGUGAGGCUGGAUGUGCUUAUUGCAACGGUGACCUAACUGCAGAGCAAGCAACUUUGCUAGGAUAUGCCAGAGGUUAUUCCAAUAUCCAGGCAAAUUGCAGAAACGAUAUGCAAAUGGCUGCAGUCGGUUUAAGUAGAAAAGAAUGUCUACCAUUACUCCCAGAAGGAGUCUACAUAUCUUGUGUCAAUGGACUCAACAGUGUGACAGUUGGAGGAGAAAAACCCACAGUCAAACGUUUUGUUGAAGUUUCAUCAAAACGUGGAAUUUUUGCGCGAUUAGUUGAAUCAGCUGGUUACGCUUUUCAUACAAAGUACAUCGAAAAUGCGGUGCCAAUUUUCGAGGAUUUUGUUAAAGAAGUUAUACCAGAUCCAAAAUUAAGAUCCUCAAAAUGGAUUUCAAGCUCAUGGAAUGAAUUUGAUAUUGUUAAUAAUUCAACAGCUAGGUAUAAUAGUGCUGAAUAUCAUGGAAAUAAUAUCAAAAGUACUGUGCUAUUUGAUCAGGUGAUAAGACGCAUUCCGAAAAAUGCUAUUGUGAUUGAAGUGGCACCACACGCAUUACUCACUCCAAUUUUGAAGAGGGAAUUGGGUCCAGCAGUGACUUGCUUGGGAUUGGCCAACAGAAGUAGCAACGAUAAUGUUCAAUUCUUAUUAUCCAACAUAGGAAAAUUAUUUAUUAAUGGUGGCCAACCUGAUUUAACAACAUUUUAUAACCAAGUGUCAUACCCAGUGGGAAAAGGAACUUGUAAUAUCGGUUCAUUAAUCAAAUGGGAUCACAAAGAAAAUUGGAAUGUGCCAUAUUAUGAUCCGUUGAGUGCUUUUGGUGAACGAAUUACAGUAAAUACGCAAUUACCAAAUUAUAGAUAUUUAACUGGUCAUUUAGUUGAUGGCGAUGUGGUCAUGCCAGCUAUGGCCUAUUUGGUAUUGGUUUGGAGUGUUUUAGCAGAAACAUUGGCAAAAGAAGUUAGCAAUUUACCUGUAGUAUUCCAUUCCGUCAAGUUUCUUCGCACAAACCUACUUCUUGGUGACGAAGAUCUCGUUUUUUAUAUUAACAUAAUGAGAACAUCGGGGUACUUUGAAGUAUUCCAUGGAGAGUCAGUGUGUUGUACAGGAACAAUCGCUGCACCAGAAGACAUAUCGCAGAAUUUCCUAAAUUUAGACCAUAAACCAGAAAUUAGAGACCACGAUUUGCAGUUAGGUAAGAGUAGUAUUUACAAACUACUUCAUUUAAGACGUCUGUCAUACUCAGGAGAGUUUCAAGGUUUGGAAAGGGCUGAUUUAAGUGGAAGUUACGCAGAAGUGUCGUGGAAUAAAAGUUUUUCCGCAUUUUUGGACAGUUUGUUUCAGUUAGCUCGAAUAUCUGUUGAUCAUACUGAUCUACUUCUACCGUUUAAAAUAGAAAAAAUUGUGGUGGAUCCUAUAAAGCUUUUGUCCGAUAUAUCUGAAGAUAGUAACAUAACUUGGGCAUAUUACAAUAGAAACCGAAAUGUCAUUAGAUCCGCUGGUGUAGAAAUAACUAAUUUUGAAUUGACAUCAGUUCCAAAGAAAGGUGUUACUCAAAAACCACCAGUCAUAACCAGACAUACAUUCGUGCCUUAUCUACAAAAUCCCGAAUCCAUUACAAAUUUUCGUACUGCUUUAAACAUAGCUCUAGAAAUUGGUUUUGAGAAUAUCAAAGGAGUUAAUUUGGAUGUUCGAAGUAACAUAACAGCAGACGAAAAUAAAUUUAUAAUGAAAACGUUGAUGGAGGUUUUAGCAGAUGAACCAUAUGCUAAAGUUAAUUUUGUCGAUGAUACCUGGAUGAAUUGGGACUGUAUUAUAACCGACACUUUAGAUAUUGAAGUAACUACGUUAAUAAAUAACUGUUUUAUCUUGUACGUAGGAACAGAUCCAGGUCUAAAUAGUCAGUGUGAGCUGAUUUAUUCAUCUAUUUGUGAAACGGAAGAUAAUAUAUAUUUAUUAAGAUAUAUAAACAACACUUCUCCUACAUCAAUUAUAAUUAUUGUUAGCAACUCAGAAUUUGGAUGGCUAGAAAAAGUCAAAUCAGCUAUACAAAACAAAACAGAUGUAGUAUAUCUCGUAAAUAACGGUGAUGAUAUUAGUGGUUCUAUGGGAUUAGUACGUAGUUUAAAUUUAGAACCCAUUCUAAACACCUGGUUCAAGUGCAUUUUCAUUGAUGAUCCCAAAUCUGAAAGUUUUUCUCUCGAUCAUCCGUUUUACGCGAAACAAGUUAAAAAGAAUUUGGCAUGCAAUGUAUUGAGAAAUGGGGUUUGGGGUAGUUAUAGGUAUGUUCCACUGGAAUUGAUGAAGGAGAUGAAAGUCUCGAGUGCUUGUAGUAUCGCUCGGGUACCUGGAGAUUUGACAACAAUGACCUGGAUAGAACAGUCGCCAGAAUGUGAAAGACUCUGGAAUAACUCUCAAUAUGUGUAUGUCUAUUAUGGUGGCAUCACAAAUAUGGCGGUUUCAGAAAAGUCCCACUCGAGAAACAGAUCGAGAGAAUUUAGUCCAACAGGAAUAGAAUACGCUGGUAUAACUAAAGAAGGAAAACGAGUUAUGGGAUUGUCAAAUAAUACAAUAGCGUUACAAACAGUAACUGAUCCAAUAUUUACGUGGAACGUUCCAGAUUACUGGACUUUGGAACAAGCGGCAUCUGUACCUUCUGCUUAUAUUGCUAGUUACUAUGCAUUAAUUGACAGAGGUAGAUUGGAAGGGGGAGAAUCUAUACUAAUACACGCUGGUGGCAGAGAUGUCGGCUUGGCAGCAAUUACCAUUGCUUUAAGCAUAUACUGUGAAGUGUACACAACAGUUGGGUCAGAAGAAGAGAAAAUAUUUGUUCUUGAACUGUUUCCCAAAUUGAAAUCUAAAAACAUAGGUAGUUACCAAAAUGGUUCUUUUGAACAAUUAAUAAAGGAAAGAACAAAUGGAAAAGGAGUUAAUGUUGUAUUCAAUUCUUUAACAAAAGAUUUAUUCCAAGCAUCUGCAAGAUGCCUAGCUUAUGGGGGAAGAUUUCUGGAUAUAGGGGAUUUUAAUUCUUUGAAAGAUUUACAAAUUCCUUCCGGUCUGAUUGCGAAAAAUUCGAGUUUCCACUCAGUGCAUAUUGAUGCCUUAUUAACUGAUAAAACGGAAGUUAAGCAAAGAGUUUGUAAACUUCUCUCUGAAGGACUUAUGAAACAUGUUGUUCAACCUUUACCACGAUCUCUUUUUGAAGAAGAUCAAAUAGAUGAUGCUUUUAAACUGAUGUCUAGUAAUAAAUACAUCGGAAAAAUAUUGAUUAAAAUUCGAAAUGAAGAUUCCAAAACUAUCCAGUCGCCUCAAAGAUUUAUACCUGCCUUGAGAAGACUCUAUUUCUCAUCAAUUGGAACUUAUAUUUUAAUAGGAGGUCUGGGAGGUUUUGGUCUGGAAUUAACACAAUUUUUGAUCAACAGGGGAGCUAGGAAGAUAAUUUUAAACUCCAGACGUGGCCUGUCCAAUGGAUAUCAGCGGUAUUGUUUGAAAAAAUGGUCCCUUGGUCAAGACGUUCGUGUUAUAAUUAAUACAGAUGACACAUCUACGUUAGAGGGCGCUCGAAGUUUAGUUGAACUUGGUAAAAGUAUGGGUCCUGUAAAAGGUAUUUUUAAUGUAUCAUUACUGCUUAACGAUGCACUCUUUGUCAACCACAACAUAGAAUCAUUUAAGGCAGCAUUCAAAUCUAAGAUUAAUUCUGGAUUGAACAUGGACCUCUUGACAAAGAAAUACUGCCCUGAAUUAGAACAUUUUGUGAUGUUCAGUUCGAUAUCCAGCGGAAGAGGUAACCCGGGCCAAACAAACUACGCAAUGGCAAAUUCUGCUCUUGAACGAUUGUGUGAAAGAAGAAGUUCAGCUGGGCUUCCAGCAUUGGCAGUACUGUUUGCCUAUAUAGCUGAUGUAGGAGUUGUCGUAGAUGCUCAAAAAAGUAACAAGUCGUUUAACAUGUUCCAUCUUGAAACUCAAAGAAUCGAUUCGUGCUUGGAUGUUUUGGAGUCAUUUAUGCUGCAGUCUACAACUGUUGUAUCAUCCUUCGUUGUAGCCGAUAAAAAUGUAGACCCUAAUGCGACGAAGAGAUCUUUGGUAGAGACAGUGGCCCAAAUUAUUGGAAUAAGGAAUAUAGAUACAAUUGAUGUGAACCAGAGUUUAUCAAAACUGGGGCUUGAUUCCUUGAUGGCGGGAGAAAUACAACAAGUGAUGCUUAAAACGUUUAACAUUAACAUGAAAAUACUACAACUAAGAAAGUUGACAUUCGCAGCAUUACAAGAAAUGUCCUAGAAGGAAUGAAUGAUGUGAAAUUUAAUUUAUUUUUAAGGCUGAUGUAAUUUAAAUUCUCAUAUUAUAAUAACUAAGAAAAUGUAAAUAAUUAGGAUUUAGUAUGGAUAUAUUUAUAAUGAAUAAAACAAAAGAAUUAGAAUAUACACACAAUAGUACAAACCAUGUACAAACCUACAAGGUGACUCAGGCUUCUGGAUUCAAAAAAAAGCUCUAUAUUAGGUUUUUGGUUUGUGAUUUUCAUUUCAAUUUUUUUACAUAAUAAUGUAAUGGUAACGCACAUUUUAAAAAUUUGUACAUUAUUAAAUGGA